AACAAAUUUCUGUGUCAAUAUCAACUGCGAUUUCUAAAUCCGUCAUGAUUUAUUUGAUUGAAUUAUAAAAUUUUUGACAGAACAAAAGAGUUGGAGAAAUUUGAAAGUACAAACUUAAAGCAGCUAGAAACUUCAUAAAAUUUAUUAAAAAGGAUGGACCUGAUACUGAGUUAUGCAGACAGGUUUGUCUUGACCCCCUAUGUAUACCCCUCUACCUGGGCUGAGGACUCCCCCUUAAGACAGAUACUCAGUCUCCUUCUGAUCAGCAACAUAGGGGGGUACAUCCUCUACUUCAUGACAGCCACUCUCAGCUACUUCACCAUAUUUGAUUCCAGGCUGAUGAAACAUCCUUUAUUCCUCAAGGACCAGAUAAAGCUGGAGAUAUUGUACACCAUUAAAUCAGUUCCUCUGAUGUCCCUUCCUACGGUUGCCUUGUUUUUUAUUGAGGUCAGAGGUUACAGUAAACUGUAUGACACAUUCCCCAAUUCCUUUGCUGGCUGGUGUAGCAUCCUAUUCAGCAUAGUGAGCUUUAUUUUGUUUACUGAUGCCUGUAUUUAUUGGAUCCACCGAUUCCUUCACCACAAACUUAUCUACAAAUACAUCCACAAAGACCACCACCGAUGGAAGAUCCCCACUCCAUUUGCCUCCCAUGCGUUUCACCCCUUGGAUGGAUUUCUCCAGAGCUGUCCGUACCACAUCUACCCUUUCCUGUUCCCGCUACACAAGGUGACCUACUUAUGUCUGUUUGUGUUUGUGAACAUCUGGACUGUGUCCAUCCAUGACGGAGAUUACCGUGUGCCCAGUCUUCUGAAGCCACUCGUCAAUGGCUCUGCGCACCACACUGACCACCACCUGUUCUAUAAUUAUAACUACGGUCAGUUCUUUACGUUGUGGGACAGGAUUGGGGGCUCCUUUAGAAACCCUAGCUCCUUCGAAGGAUGUGGCCCCAUUCAAGACAUCCUCAAGAAAGAUAACUCCAGUGGUAAAUCAAAUGGAGGGAUGAUGAAAAAAGAGGAAUAAUGAACUUUCUUUCACAAUUUAAUCCUUAAAAGAUUAAUUUUGUUGAAAUUAUUUUUGUUUGUUGAUUUUAAACACCAGAUAUUUCUGAGUGACUUCAAGUUUAUUACAUUUAUAUGUCUUUCAUCUAUUUGUUAGCUCUUCUGAGCCAAAGGCUCAAAGAGCUAAUGCUAUGGCCAUUUGUGCGGUGUGUGUAAACUUUUUAGAAUAUGGGCCAUAACUCAAGAAUCCCUUGGCCAAUCAGUACCAAAUUUGUCACAGGGUAUCCUUGGCCCAAGGGCUACCAUUUAUACUAAAAUAAGGGUUGGGACCCUUAAACAAGGGGAGAUAAUCAGGAAAACAAAACCAAAAGUACUGGUUGCUAAAAAAUCUUCUUCUCCAUAACCACCAGGCAGAUUUUCACCAAACUUACAUACAAGGAUCAGGAUAUGUCGAAGAUUAAAAUUUGCACGGGGAAUUACCCUGGGGCAAAGGGCGUGGUCUCAAGGUCACUUCAAAGUUGACCUAAAUUCACAAUUAAUAAAAAUGUGUAUAUUUUGGUUACUAUAAGGACUAGGAUCAUCAAAUCUUGGAAGUUGAUGCAUCUUACGACUUCACAUCACGGUGACCUACUUUUUAAAUUUUGUGGGGAUUUGUUUUCAAAUUGAUUUGAAGGCAUAUUUUGGACACUUUAAGGCCUAUGAUCAUCAAACUUUGUCAGUUGAUAAAUCUUGGGUCCUAGAACAAUGUCAACUUAAAAUUAGGUCAUCGUGACCUACUUUUUGAACUUUAUGACUUAUCUUUUUAAAAACAUUAAAUCUCAUUAUUUUAGACACUGGGAGGUUUAGAAUCAUCAAAUCUUGUACUUUGAUGCAUCUUGGGACCUUAAAACAUAUUUAUGAAAAAGUAGGUCACUGUGACCUACUUUUUGAAUUUUGCCAACAUUUGUUUUCAAAUUGUUUAAAACGCAUAUUUUGAUUACGUUCAGACCUACGAUCAAUAAACUUGGUCAGUAGAUGCAUCUUGGGUCUUUGAAAAAUGUUGACCAAAAUAUAGGUCACGAUGACCUACUUUCGACAUUUUAUGGCUAUAUUUAAGUAUCUUAGGUAUUUGGCUUAGAAUCAUCAAACUUUGUGAGUCGAUGCUUAUUUGAUUUUCGGAGAGUGAUGACUAAAAAGUAGGUCACGGUGACCUACUUUUGACAUUUUAUGGCUUUAUUUAAGUAUCUCCGGUACUUAUAGGCUAAGAAUCAUCAAACUUUGUGAGUUGAUGCAUCUUGGGUUUUCGGAGAGUGACGACCAAAAAGUAGGUCAUGGUGACCUACUUUUGACAUUUUGUGGCUAUAAUUAAGUAUCUCUGGUACUUAUUGACCUAAAAUCAUCUAACUUUGUCAGUUGAUGUAUCUUGGGUUUUCGGAGAUUGUUGACCAAAAAGUAGGUCACAGUGACCUACUUUUGACAUUUUAUGGCUAUAUUUAAUUAUAUCUGGUACUCAUUGGCUCGGAAUCAUCAAACUUUGUCAUUUGAGGCAUCUUAGGGUUUCAUUGAAUGUCCAACAAGAAGUAGGUCACGGUGACCUACUUUUGAAUAUCUCAGGUACUUAUUAGCUUAGAAUCAUAAAAUUUUGUCAGUUUAG